GCUAACACAAGUUAUAGGAGCCUGUGGCAAACACACCAUCUCCAAACGAGCUGACUGAACACACCAUGUUUUUUACAGGUCUGCUAGUUGUUGCACUUAUCAUCAAACUACCAUCUCUAUACACAGGCGCUGAGGGGUUUAAAGUGGUUUACGAUGCACCACGUUGUGAAGUACGAAGGUGUCUGACUCCUCCGGCAGUUUGUGAGAAAUUAUCAAUGAAGCGUUGCUAUGCAGAACGGGAACUUAUGACAAUGUUGGGAAAAAACUUCUUAUGCGAUACUAAAACUGACGGAGGUGGUUGGAUUCUUAUCCAGCGUCGAAUUAUACCUGGUGUGGAUUUUGUAAAAAACUGGACAGAAUACAAACAAGGAUUUGGCACGUUAAGUGGUGACUUCUGGAUUGGAUUGGAUUUCAUCUACUCGCUAAUUACGCAACACAAUUAUGAGCUGAGAAUUGAUAUGAUGUAUAAAAACAAACCCUACUACGCCAAAUACGGCACCUUUAGCAUUGCAAAUGAAGCCGACCGCUUCCGUCUUACUAUUUCUGAUUACUAUGGAACCGCUGGCAAUUCAUUAAGUGCACAGAAUAACAUGCAGUUCGCCACAGUUGACAUGCCUGACAGCAUUGGUUGCGCAACAAAUUACAAAGCAGGCUGGUGGUAUAACCGAUGCUACAGCGCAUACUUAAAUGGUGUAUGGGUUGAGACACGCCGAUUUCAAGGCAUUCACUGGGAUGCACUAGGUGGUACUAUCUUCCCUUUACAGUCAGCGGAGAUGAAACUUCGAAAGAAGAAUUAUUAGUGCGGGUGUUAAGUCAAAGUUGUACCAUCUACCAACCAGAGUUUCUUUCAGACAUAUAUCUUUAAGGGUGGGGCACUUGAAGGUUUUAAAGGAGGGCCGACGAUACAUUUGGUGGAGGAGUGGGGGAUACACAUCGGUUUAAGUAUAAAGAAAUUCCCUGUAUAAACGGGACAUUUUUUAAAAAAAUUCAUCAUGAUGGGGGUGUAGACAUUCUUCAGAGGGAGGGAGGGAAAAUUAAAUGGUAAUGCUUCAAACCCCCUUGAAGAGCUGCGUGAAAGAAACUCUGCUACUACCUUUAAAAAUGUGUUGCAUAUAUGAAUCAAAUUAGUCUUAAUUCAUUAGAAUUCUUAUUUCAUAUGUUAAAAGGUUUCAAAAUUCGGACAUAGGCUACCUUCAAAAAUGGUCAUGUUAUUGUUAUCUAAAAUUAUUGUAUUGAAAAUAAUUAUUUUGCAUCUUGUAUGUCGAAACAUUAAAACUAAGUCAACUUAAAUCCUGUUCACAAUUAUUUUA